AUGUCCAUAUCAACAAAUAAUUCAGAAGUUGAUAAAGAUCAUUUGUCUUUUAAUGAGUUAGGAUUUAAUAAUGUAGAGGAGACAGUCAAAGUUACCCCUUAUGUAUAUUUAACGACAUUUAUUAUUGCAAUUGGUGGAUUUAUGUAUGGGUAUAAUAGCGGAGUUAUUAGUGGUGCUAUGUUGUUACUGGAAAAUGAUAUUCCUAUGACAAGUUUUCAAAAAGGAUUGGUUGUUGGAGCAAUGCUAUUUGGUGCAAUGGUUAGUGGAAUAUUUGCAGGCAUUCUCUCGGAUUGUAUUGGAAGACGUGUCACACUACUCCUAGCAGCGAUUAUUUUUGCCAGUGGUUCAGUCAUAUUAGCAUAUACAUCUUUGCUGUCUGAAAGCAUUUCUAUUUCGCCUAUUAUAAUAUUGGUGUUGGGCAGGCUAAUUGUUGGAACUGGUAUUGGUUUGGUAUCAAUGGUCGUACCAGUUUACAUUGGUGAGAUAUCACCAGCAUUUUAUCGAGGAAAACUAGUCACAAUUAAUAUUCUCAUGGUUACCGGAGGUGAACUCGUUUCAUAUUUAAUCUCUAUAUUGCUUUCGAUACCUGAUCAUGGUUGGAAAUGGUUGUUUGGGAUACCAAUAAUUCCUUCAUUUAUUCAACUUUGCUGUAAAAUUGAUAAAGCAAGAGAAAUCCUUUCAAGGAUAUAUCCCAAUGUUCCUAAGAUUGAUGAUAUUUAUGAUACGAUUUCUCAAGAUGCUUCAGGAUCAUACAAACAAUUAAUUCGUUAUCCAAAUUUGAAACCACUUAUUAUUGCAUGUAGUCUUCAAGCAUUUCAAAAUCUGUCGGGAUUUAGCGUGCUUAUGUUUUACGGUGCCACUAUAAUGAAAAUGAUUGGAUUCAAUUCUUCUAAAAUCGAUAUAACUUCUUCAGUUAUUAUUACUGGAACUAAUUUUCUAUCAACUGUCGUAGCCGUCUUCAUAAUUGAUCGUGUGGGUAGACGCCGAAUACUGUUGUAUACUAUGAUUGGUGUCAUUUUUGGUCUAAUUAUUAUCAGUUCGGGUUUUUUCCUCAUAACUAAUAAGGUGUUUAAAUCGGGAUCAUGUAUUGAAUACGGUGCUAAUUGUGAAGCGUGUAUGAUUGAUGAUAGAUGUAAAUUUAUAAUGUCUGGAACUUCCGGAACAUGUGUACAAAAUAAUAACACAUUAAUGGAAGAUCAAUCUCUUAAUACUUGUCAAUCAACGAAUGUCCAAGGAGCUUUGUUAACUUUACUCGGAUUGUUCCUUUAUGUAAUAGGGAUUGGAAAUGUUCCAUGGACUAUUCAGGGAGAAUUAUUUCCUUUAAAUAUACGUGGUAGAGCUGCGGGAAUUUCUACUGCAAAAAAUUGGCUUAUAAGCUUAACAAUUUCAGUCUCAUUCCUUCCAUUAAUAGAAAAAUUAUCAAUUGUUGUAACGUUUUGGUUAUAUGCUGUAUUCAUGAUUAUCGGUUGGUUAUUUGUUUAUUUUCUGCUACCUGAAACAUCUAAAAAAUCUCUUGAAGAAAUUCGCAAAUUAUUUUUAUAA